AUGGCACCACCAAGCAUAACCAAAACUGCAACACCAACACCUAUAAACAUCAUUGGCCUCGUCGACAUGCCUAACCCACCCUUAUCCAUAACCUUAGACCAAUCAUGUUUUCUCGCAAAUGGCCACCCUUUUCUCACCCAAGUCCCACAUAACAUAACAACAACCACUUUUAUCAAUUCAAAAUCCAACAAAAACACCACCACCUUGCAACAAGGUUGUUUUGUUGGUUUCAACACCACCGAACCCAAAAGCCACCACGUAGUUCCACUUGGCAAACUAAAAGGAAUCCGGUUCAUGAGCAUUUUCCGGUUUAAAGUAUGGUGGACAACUCACUGGACCGGAACAAAUGGACAUGAACUAGAACACGAAACACAAAUCUUAAUUCUCGACCAAAACAAUUCCCUUGGACGCCCCUACGUUUUACUCCUCCCAAUCAUCGAAAACUCUUUCCGAACCUCACUCCAACCCGGUUCAAACGAUUACAUUGACAUGUGUAUUGAAAGCGGUUCGACACGUGUCACCGGUUCACAUUUUAAAACAUGUCUUUACAUCCACGUCAGCAACGAUCCAUACCGUUUAGUAAAAGAAGCAGUGAAAGUAAUCCAAACCCACUUAGGAACAUUCAAGAUUCUUGAAGAAAAAACACCACCGAGUAUUGUUGAUAAAUUCGGUUGGUGCACGUGGGAUGCAUUUUACUUAAAGGUGCACCCAAAAGGUGUAAGGGAAGGUGUUAAGGGUCUUACGGAGGGUGGGUGUCCUCCAGGUUUAGUAUUAAUUGAUGAUGGUUGGCAGUCCAUUUGUCAUGAUGAUGAUGAUCCAAUUACGGACCAAGAAGGUAUGAACCGAACCUCAGCUGGAGAACAAAUGCCAUGUAGGUUAAUAAAAUUUGAAGAAAAUUAUAAAUUUAGAGAAUAUAAAAGUAUUAUUAAUAACAAUGAGGGAAAAACAAUUGAGGGUAUGGGUGGUUUUGUUAAGGAUUUGAAGGAAGAGUUUAGGAGUGUGGAGAGUGUUUAUGUUUGGCAUGCGCUUUGUGGGUAUUGGGGUGGGGUUAGACCUAAAGUGGUUGGAAUGCCCGAAGCUAAGGUUGUUACUCCGAAGCUGUCUCCGGGGCUGAAGACGACAAUGGAGGAUUUAGCGGUGGAUAAGAUUGUUAAUAAUGGUGUGGGAUUAGUGCCGCCAAAUUUGGUUCAAGAUAUGUAUAAUCGGCUUCAUUCUCAUUUGGAAGAGGCGGGAAUAGACGGUGUUAAGGUUGACGUGAUACAUUUGCUUGAGUUACUAUCGGAGGAAUAUGGUGGGCGUGUUGAGCUUGCAAAAGCUUAUUACAAAGCACUAACCUCAUCGGUGAACAAGCAUUUCAAAGGCAAUGGAGUGAUUGCAAGCAUGGAACAUUGCAACGACUUCUUUCUCCUAGGCACAGAAGCCAUAUCCCUCGGACGCGUUGGAGACGAUUUUUGGUGCUCUGAUCCCUCUGGUGAUCCAAAUGGUACAUAUUGGCUCCAAGGUUGUCACAUGGUACAUUGUGCCUACAACAGUUUAUGGAUGGGAAAUUUUAUUCACCCAGAUUGGGACAUGUUUCAAUCAACUCAUCCUUGUGCUGAAUUUCAUGCUGCCUCUAGAGCUAUCUCUGGUGGACCUAUUUAUGUUAGUGAUUGUGUUGGUAAUCACAAUUUCAAGUUGCUUAAAACUCUUGUUUUGCCUGAUGGUUCUAUCUUGCGUUGUCAACAUUAUGCACUCCCUACACGAGAUUGCUUGUUUGAAGACCCUUUACAUGAUGGCAAAACAAUGCUUAAAAUUUGGAACCUCAACAAAUACACUGGUGUAUUGGCCCUAUUCAACUGCCAAGGUGGAGGGUGGUGUCCUGUGACACGGCGAAACAAGAGUGCAUCUGAAUUUUCACAUUUGGUGACAUGUUAUGCAAGUCCUAAAGAUAUUGAAUGGUGCAAUGGAAAAACCCCAAUGUGCAUCAAAGGUGUGGAUGUGUUUGCUGUGUAUUUCUUCAAGGAGAAGAAACUGAAGCUGAUGAAGUGUUCCGAUAAAUCAGAAGUAUCUCUCGAGCCAUUUAGUUUUGAGCUAAUGACAGUGUCUCCGGUGAGAGUGUUUUCGAAAAGGUUAAUUCAGUUUGCUCCAAUUGGAUUAGCGAACAUGCUUAACUCCGGUGGUGCGGUUCAGUCUCUGGAGUUUGAUGAUCGUGAAAGUUUGGUAAAAAUUGGGGUGAAGGGUUGUGGUGAGAUGAGUGUGUUUGCAUCAGAGAAACCAUUUAACUGCAAAAUUAAUGGAGUAGCUUUGAAAUUUGAUUAUGAGGAUAAAAUGGUGAAAGUCCAAAUUCCGUGGCCUAGUUCUUCAACUCUGUCUUUGGUUGAGUUUUUAUUUUGAUCCUUCACAAGGUUAGUUUGGGAUCUAUGUUUCAAAAUUUCUUAGUAUAUAUAAACAAAUAAAUAAAAAGAAUGUACUAA